CCCUUUUGGUAUUGUUUCCUAUAUAAGCUGAGUUUCAUUUAAUAUUUCUUCAGUACAGAACUUCGGUUGUUGUAUCUCAUACUGCACAAACACAUAUUUGGGACAAAAUGAAGUCUUUCGCCUUCCUCCUCCUACCUGCUCUCGUCUUCGCGAAGAUUGAAGUAGACAUCACAGCGUCUGAUGAUGAGGCCCAAAGACAGGUCCACGUCUCCGGCAGCAACGUAGACAUCAUCAGUGACCUUGAGAUCGACACCUUCCGCCUCUCCGAGGACAACCUGAAGUCUGCCGUCAGAGCCUACUUUGGUUCCGAACCUGAUGACGUUUUCGUGAAAAGCCCCACUCCUUGGGGAGACCUCUACAUCACCAACGAAUGGAAACAGGUGACCAGGGUGCUGAAACCAGUGAGAGCCACCAUCUUAUCCGUAGUUUCGAAGCCGAUGCUGGUCAUGUCUCAUGAAUUCAACAACACGAGCUCUAAACAGGCCACUUAUGAGGCCAGAAUGAGGCAAGAAGUUGAAAAUACUGUCGUUUCUACCUGGGAAAGGAGUGGAGAAAUCGCUGCGAGCAACUAUAUUAAGUACGGUCUCGAUAUGAAGGCUAUGGCGGUCGCUGGUCAGGCAACCAUCUCCUAUGUCUCCAGAUGGGGCGAGAAUGUGAUGAAGUCUCAAACUGUCUCUGUGGGCUCUGAAACCGCCGUCACAGUGACUCUUGAACCCAACCAGAAGGUCACAGCCAAGCUAUACGCCACACGCGUCUCCAUGAAAGUUCAGAUCAACUACGAAGCCAGUUUAUUAGGAUCCGUUGCUGUUAACUACGCUGAUGCCUACAAGGGUCAUCACUUCUGGUCGUUUGACAUCAACAAGGUUUUGGCGGCGGGAGAUAUGAGCAGGUCUAUCAACUCCUCGGAGGUUAUCGAGACCGGUUUCUAUGCUGACUCCAAGGUGGUGAUACACGAUGCGAUCACUGACGAAGUCCUUUACACUUUACCUUUGACCAACUUGUGAAUAUUAUUUUAGUCUGAAAUAAAUUGUGCACGUCUAUUUAUUAUUAA